GCCCUUCACUCCUUCUCAGCGCCGCUAAUGACUCGUCUUGAGUUUAGUUUUUUUGUUUUUUUGUUUUUUUGAUGCGUCCUGUGACAACCCGCCCGAGCCCAGUUCCUCAUUGCGCGCGGCCUCUUUCCUCGUGCGUAAUUUAAGUUAAAAACAGUGAAUGAGGCGCGUGUUGGAGCUUGUGUGAAGCGCAGAGGCGGCAGUAGCGCUCGGAGGAGACCAUUUAAGGAACAUAUUUGGAUUAUAAUCGCUGAACGGACUCGUGCAGAGCGGAUAACUUUGUGGAGUUAUGACGUCGGUCUGGAAGAGACUACAGCGCGUCGGCAAAAAGGCAUCAAAAUUUCAGUUCGUUGCGUCUUACCAGGAGCUUGUCUUGGAGUGCACGAAGAAAUGGCAGCCGGACAAACUGAGGGUGGUGUGGACCAGGAGGAACCGCCGCAUGUGCUCCAAGCUCCACAGUUGGCAGCCGGGCAUAAAGAACCCGUACAGGGGGAUGGUGGUGUGGCCUGUCCCCGAAAACAUCGACAUCUCGGUCACUCUCUUCAAGGAUCCGAAUGCUGAAGAGUUUGAGGACAAAGAGUGGACCUUUGUCAUUGAAGGGGAGAACAAGGGCCAUCGCAAAGUGCUGGCUUCCGCAGACAUCAACAUGAAGCGUUUUGCGAGCCCCACCCCGACUCAGACCGACCUGACACUAAAGCUCAAGCCUCUGUCGGUGAAAGUGGUGGAGGCGACGCUCAAACUGUCCCUGUCCUGUGUCUUCAUCAGAGAAGGAAAAGCCACUGAUGAAGACAUGCAGAGUCUGGCCAGUCUAAUGAGCGUCAAACCCACUGACAUCGGGAACCUGGACGACUUCAACGAAAGCGACGAGGACGAGGACAGGAAGUCUCUCAACGCGACAGCUGUUUCACACACUCUCACUCGCCCAAACCGCCCAGCACCUCCUCCUCCAUCAGAUCAGAAGCCAUUUGGCACAUCUUCAGCCUCAUCCCGCCCGCCUCUGCCCACUGCCCCACGCCCAUCUCCUCGCCGCACCAGACACCCCUUCUCCUCCGCUCCCGUCCAAUCAGAUCCUCAGCCCUCGCCUGGCCCCUCCCCUCAACCCUCCCCUAGAUCCAAGCACAAAAAGUUAACCGUUCAAACCUCUGAUGGUAAACCUCAAGCUGCACCUACCACAUCUGUAGCAAAUCCUGACUCACUUCCUGGUGUUUCUAAGAACACUCCCUUAGACUCAACUUCAUCUCCCAUUCCUUUACAAACGACUAAAACUGAUUCAAAAGAGGCUGUUAUUUCACCUUUCUCAAGUCAAAUGCCGUCUAAACUGGCUCCAGAUGAACCGGUAGUGGUAAAUUCCUCCACUACACCUGCCUCUAAUCAACCUGAUACUAAACCAAACCUGGAUAUGAAGAUCUCCUCUCCCAGCAACCCCUCAGCUCCCCUAUCUGACCCCAUCCCGCAAUCUCUCUCUCAUCCCCCCUCCCUGCCCAAAAUCUUCCAGUCAGUUCCAGCAAAAGUCCCUGUUUCAUGUCAACAUCGCCCUCCAGAGGCUCAAUCUGUGAAUGACAUGACUUCAGCUUCUGACCUGUCCCAUAUUUUCAAGCCUCACAUCGUCUCCUCUGUUGCUCGCCCUUCGUCUCCUUCACCCUUUUCUCCUGAUGCUCCUCAUUCAACUCAAGCUCCUCCUUCUAAAUCUGCUUCAGAGACAGGGGGCGCCGUAGGUGCUCCACACCCUCCCCCUGUCCCACUGUUGACAAGCCCAGACCUGGACGCUCUGUGUGAACCUCUGACUCCUGCACCUCAGUCCACUCUGCCUCUGUCUUUACCCCAACGUCCACCCACCUCCCAAAACUCCCCCUGCACCUCUGCACAAAAUAAUGCUCCUGUAAAGAUACACACACGCCAACCAGGACCGUCCCUGAGCAUGGUUGAAGAGGAAACUGUUACAGAGGAAACAAAUGAUAAAGCUCAAAAUAUCCACGUGACUCCAAACAUCAGUCGACCCCAAGAGCCAGUUAAACCAACAACUCGACCGACAACAGUCGCUGAUACAGCCAAAACUGAUAAACAAAGCUCGGGCCGGUCCCACACAGAGCUGAUCGUAGCCCCACCCCCUCCUUGGCCGUUCUCCAUGAGCGCCAGCGGAGCCCCUCAGCAGCCCUCCACCAGCGUCGUAGCGGCUUUUAUAACCCCGAAAAGAGAGUUAGACGCGAAGGCGGAAAACGAGAACUCUGUCCGUAAAGUUAACGACGAGGCGCCGCCGUUAGCCGAGCUGGAGGAUAUAUUCGAGUCACCUGACCAAUCACGUGACUCCGUGGGUCUGUUUUUGGAGGAGGACGGCGGUAAAAGCGACACGAUCAAAAGAUGUCCUCCGGGUUCUGAACAGAAAACGACGGCAAAACAAGAAGCAGAAAAAGAGAAAGAAAUAAAAAAAGAAAGGAAACAUGAGGAGGAGAAGAAACAGCUUCUGGAGCAGGAAAGGAAACGACUUCUGGAGGAGGAGAAGAGGAGGGUUAUGGAGGAGGAACGAGAGAUCGAGGAGGAAAAGGCGAGAUGGAGGCAAGAGGUGGAGAGGUUACUGAAAGAGAAGAAGGAGAGACAUGAGGAAGAAGAGAAGAGGAGACAGGAAGAGGAAAAGAGGAAGAAGGAGGAUGAGAAGAAACAAGGAGAGUUGGUUAAGUUAAGGAAAGAGGAGGAGGAGAGGAGACAAGAGAGGGAAAGGAUUUUGAAGGAAGAAGAGGAGAGGAGGAGAGAGAUGGAGGAGCGAGUCAAAAGAGAGGAGGAGAUGAGGAGGAAGAUGGAGGAGAAAAGAUUAAAAGAGGAGCAAGAGAGGAAAGACACUGAGGAAAAGAGGAAGAGAGAGGAAGAGGAGAGGCAGCUAAAAGAGGCGGAGGUGAAGAAGAGAGAGGAGGAGGAGAGGAAGCGACUUGAGGAAGAAAAGAGGAGGCAGGAGGAAGAAAGAAAACGGGUAGAGGAGGAGAAAAGAAGAAAGAUGGAGGAGAUGAGAUUAAAAGAAGAAAAAGAGAGAAAGGAAAUGGAGGAAAGGAUGAAGAGAGAGGAAGAAAAGAAGAGAAAACAAGCUGAGGAGAAGAAGAGGAGAGAGGAAGAGGAGGAGAGGAGACGACUUGAGAAGGAAAAACAAAAACAAGAGAGAGAAAGAAAACAAAAAGAGGAAAUGGAGAGAAAAGAGAUGGAGGAAAAGAAGAAGAGAGAGGAAGAGGAGAUGAAACAAAAAGAAGCUGAGGAGAAGAAGAGGAGAGAGGAAGAGGAGGAGAGGAGACGACUAGAGGAGGAAAAACGUAGAAAAGAGCAAGAGCUGAGAGAAAGACAAGAGAGAGAAAGAAAGCAAAAAGAGGAAAUAGAGAGAAAAGACAUGGAGGAAAAGAAGAAGAUAGAGGAAGAGGAGAGGAAACAAAAAGAAGCUGAGGAGAAGAGGAGGAAAGAGGAGGAGAGGAGACGACUUGAGGAGGAAAAAAUUAAAAAAGAGAUAGAACUGAAAAAGAAACAAGAGGAGAUGAGAAAACUGGAAGAGAAAAGAUUAAAAGAAGAAAAAGAUAGAAAAGAAAUGGAGGAAAAGAAGAAGAGAGAGGAAGAGGAAAGGAAACAAAAAGAAGCAGAGGAGAAGAGAAGGAGAGAAGAGGAGGAGAGGAGACAACUUGAGGAGGAGAAACUUAAAAAAGAGCAAGAGCUGAGAGAAAAACAAGAGAGAGAACAAAAACAAAAAGAGAUGGAGGAAAAGAGGAAGAGAGAGGAGGAAGAAAGGAAACAAAAAGAAGCUGAGGAGAAGAAGAGGAGAGAGGAGGAGGAGAGGAGGAGAAUUGAGGAAGAAAAACUUAAGAAAGAGAUAGAAUUGAAAAAGCAACAAGAGGAGAUGAGGAGAAAGCUGGAAGAGAAAAGAUUAAAAGAAGAAAAAAAGAGAAAGGAAAUGGAGGAAAAGAGGAAGAGAGAGGAAGAAGAGAGGAGAAAACAAGCUGAGGAGAAGAAGAGGAGAGAGGAGGAGGAGAGGAGGAGAAUUGUGGAAGAAAAACUAAAAAAGGAGAUAGAAUUGAAAAAGAAACAGGAGGAAAUGAGGAAACUGGAAGAGAAAAGAUUAAAAGAAGAAAAAGACAGAAAGGAAAUGGAAGAAAAGCGGAAGAAAGAGGAAGAGCAAAAACAAGCUGAGGAGAAAAAGAGGAGAGAGGAGGAGGAGGAGGAGAGGAGACGAGUCGAGGAGGAAAAACUAGAGCGAGAAAGAAAACAAAAAGAGGAAAAUGAGAGAAAAGAGUUGGAGGAAAAGAGGAAGAGAGAGGAAGAGGAGAGGAAACAAAAAGAAGCCGAGGAGAAGAAAAGGAAAGAGGAGGAAGAAAAGAGACGACUUGAGGAAAAAAGGAAGAAAGAGGAGGAAAGAAAACGAGUAGAGGAGGAGAAAAGAAGAGAGAUGGAAGAGAAGAGAUUAAAAGAAGAAAAAGAGAGAAAGGAAUUUAAGGAAAAGAUGAUGAGAGAAGAAAAAGAAAGGAAACAAAAAGAGGAAGACGAGAAGAGGCGUCAAGAUGAACUGAGGAGAGAACAAGAGAAGAAGAAAAAACAAGAAGAAUUGAAAAAGAAAAUGGAGGAAGAAAAGAGAGAGGAGGAGAAAAGACGUCUUGAACAGGAAGAAAACCUCAGAAAACAAAAUGAACUAAAAGAGAAGGAAAGACUUCGACAAGAGGAGGAAAGAAAGAGAAUUGAGGAAGAAAAACUAAAGAAAGAGAUAGAAUUGAAAAAGCAACAAGAGGAGAUGAGGAGAAAGCUGGAAGAGAAAAGAUUAAAAGAAGAAAAAGAGAGAAAGGAAAUGGAGGAAAAAAGGAAGAAAGAGGAAGAAGAGAGGAAACAAAAAGAGGCUGAGGAGGAAAAGAAAAGGAGAAAGGAGGAGGAGAGGAGACGAUUGGUGGAAGAGAAACUUAAAAAAGAGCAAGAGCUGAGAGAAAAAGAAGAAAAAGAAAUAAAACAAAAAGAAGAAAAGGAGAAAAAAGAGAUGGAGGAAAAUAGGAAGAGAGAAGAAGAGGAGAGGAAACAAAAAGAAGCUGAGGAGAAGAAAAGGAAAGAGGAGAUGAAACGAUUGGCAGAAGAGAAACUUAAAAAAGAGCAAGAGAUGAGAGAAAAACAAGAAAAAGAAAGAAAACAAAAAGAGGAAAAGGAGAAAAAAGAGACGGAGGAAAAGAGGAAGAGAGAGGAAGAGGAGAGGAAACAAAAAGAAGCUGAGGAGAAGAAAAAGAGAGGGGAGGAGGAGAGGAAACGACUGGCAGAAGAGAAACUUAAAAAAGAGCAAGAGCUGAGAGAAAAACAAGAAAAAGAGCGAAAACAAAGGGAGGAAGAAGAGAUUAAACAAAAACAAGCCGAGGAGAAGAAGCGAAGAGAGGAGGAGAAUUUAAGAAAAGAAAGAGAAAUAAAAAAGCAACAAGAACUGAAAGAAAAACAAGAACUAGAAAGAAAACAAAAGGAGGAGGAAGAGAGGAGACAUCAGGAAAAACUGAGAGCAGAAGAGAAGAAAAAACAGGAAGAGGAAAUAAAAAGGAAAAUGGAGGAAGAGAGGAAACGAAUUGAGGAAGAAAAACUUAAGAAAGAGAUGGAAAUGAAAAAGAAACAAGAGGAGGAAGAAAGGAAGAAAAAGGAAGAAGAGAAAAUACGCCAAGAAGAACUGAGACGUCUAGAUGAAGAAAAACUCAAAAAAGAGAGAGAGCUGAGAGAAAAACAGGAAAGAGAAAGAAAACAAAAAGAGGAGGAAGAGAGGAGACACCAAGAAGAACUGAGGAGAGAACAAGAGAAGAAGAAACAGGAAGAAGAAAUGAAAAAGAAAAUGGAGGAAGAGCGAAAACAUCUGGAGAAAGAGGUUAAGGAAAAAGAAGAAAGAAAAAGAAAGGAGGAAGAGGAGAGAAGGAAGCAAGAAGAGGAGAGAGUGAGGAGGGAAGAGGAGAAAAGACGUAAAGAACAAGAGAGGAAGAAACAUGAGGAAGAAGUGAAAAGACGGCUGGAAGAGGAAAUAAAGAGGGAGAGAAGGAGGCAACAGGAGGAAGAACUGAGGAGGAAAAACGAGGAAGAGAAGAGACAAAUCGAGGAAGAAAGAAUAAGAAAAGAAAAGCAGGAGAGAAAACAUCGGGAAGAAGAGGAGAGAAAAGCAAAAGAACUACAAAUGGAGAGAGAGAAAGAGGAAACAAGGAAACGAACGGAAGAGCUAAACAGGAACCAGGAAGUGGAGAAGAUGAGUAGAAAAACGGCGGCCAUUUUGACCGAAGAAGAUCUCAACAAAUCGGACGAAGACAAACAGAAGAUGAGAGGUUUACCGUUUAGUUUGAUCGACACGACGUCCAAAGUCACACAUAAACCUCCUCUCGCUGUAAAAGCUCAUCAAACUGCACUUCCUGCUCCACGCCUCCCUCCUCUGGACAAAACGAGCAUUACACCCGAGCCUCCCAAAAGCUUCAGCCAAUCACAGGACUCCAACGAGCGUCUUGAACGUCUCUCUUUCACAAAGCCUCAAUCCUCAAUCUCAAAUAAAACCCAAACUUCCAAAACCCCUCCAACUACAACAGAGCAAAUUGUUCAGACUCAAGAGAAAUCACUGCCUGCAGAUGCCACGGGUACAAUACGGGCCUCGCAAAACCCGACAGUUGCUGAAAUCCCUUUGUGGAAAAAGCUGGAGUCAGAAAAAGAAACAACCGUGGAAGUUAUUGCACAAGAUUUAAACGAUUUGAGCCGAGGAACGGACGUUUUGAAGACAGAACCUGAAACAAAACCCGCUGCACAGCCUAAAACACCAGAAAGUGUUUUCCCUGUUCAACCGACUGCUCCACUGGUUAAAGAGGAACCAAAGAAACCAAGCACUGAACCGGCAACGCAACCGGAAUCACGCCCCAAACCAAGUACAGAACGCCUCGCUCUAGAACUGGCGCCACUUGUUCCCUCAAAAUUACAAACAGACCAAGUCCUACAGGCAAAUUCACAACGGAAUACAAACAAAACAGACGUAAAAGACAAAGAAACGCCUGUCCUGGAAGCAGAGAAACAGCUUUGGGCCACAGUAGAGGAGAACACUGCAGAGACGGAGAGGGAUAAAGAGAGGAGCUGUCCACAAAACAAGGGUGUGACUGCGGGAAUUAAUCAAGCAACCCCUGUCCAGCCAAAACUGGAAAUAAUUGAAAAAGCAGCCCAUAAAGAAACAUCAAACUCCACUAUCCCGAACGAGGAUGCCUUGGCUGUUAAGAUUUCCCCUCCCAAAGACUUCUGUGACACCGCAGAGGGUCAAACUUCAACAAAAAAAUCACAAGAUCAUCCCAAAGAGAAACUUAGCUUUGUUGCAAGUCUUCGCUUAGCUGCAAGUGAGAAAGAAAAAGAGCAAUUUGAACAGGAGGGAUUGGAAAAAGAGGAAGAUAUUUUGACCAUACAGAAGAAAGAUCAAGAGAAAUACACCAAAGAUGGAGUUAAAGAAAAUGCAAACAAGACUGAAUCAGUGCAAAAGAAAUUAAAUGAAAGUCCCCCUGUGAAAGAGGCUGAACUACAACAUAAAACUGAUGAAAAGAAACAAAGUAAAGACCAAACUGCAACUAAAUCUGAUGCCAUCCUGCCAAAUCAGACUGUUUCCAAAACUAUUAAUGCCCCUUCAACAAAGCUAAUGACCAAAGCAGGGAAUUCUGGGGCAAAACCCAAAAAUGUCAAGUCUGGUGCGAUUCCAGUGUGGAUGAAGCAAGAGGAAGAGGAGGAGGUGGAGUACCAGACAGGACAUGAAGAUUUGGGGUCCGUUUGGCUGGCAGAGCUGUACAUGGACAAGGCAGCAGGCCCAAGUCAGCAGACCUUACCACAACCUGCUAACUCUGAGAAACCAACUCAAGAUCCAAAAAGUUCAAAUACUCUUCAAAACAGGACAGAGUUUUUCCUAACCAUCAACUCAAGUUCUUCUGAAGAAAAUUCCACAAAUAAUUCACCAGUAUCGCAGCAACCUGGGCAGGAAGUAGACGCUAUUUCAACCAAACAUGUCUCUAAAGAUCCCACCAAUCAGGAUCAAGACAUUCAGACGUCUUCAUCGCCUUCUGUCAAGUCAAAGGUCGAUACUGAGGAACCUACAACACAAAAAGUAGAACAUAAAGUGAAUGAAAUGCAGGAAAAACAAGAUUCAACAACAAAAGAGCAAGUUACACCAGAACGCAGCCAAGUUACUAAAGACAUACAACUACAAGAAGAAGAGAAACUCCUGUUGGCUAAAAUCCGCAAAAUGUCAGGUGACCAGUCCCCCAUCGCUGAGCCUAAGACGAUGAAACGACUUAUUCCAGAUCCUUAUGAUAUUGAUGUAGAAGAGACCGAGCAAGAAAAGGACACCACUGAAAAACAUAUAGUUACUACUGAAUCGGAAGCCGUGCAGGAAAUGUCAUUAUCUGAAAAACCAGAGGCGAAAGAGGAUGUAGACGACAUGUCCAAAGUCAGACGGUCAGAUGGGUUAGAGAAGACAUCACUCCCGGAGAAGGCUCUUACCGGUCCAAUUGAAAAUGGCGACCACGUUUCUAAACAGCAUGUGGUCGUAGACUGCAGUGGCUCUCCCUCACAGAUAUCAACAUCCAGACUUCCGACGUUAGUAGAAGAGGAGACUCCGGGGAAAGCUGAGUCCACAAGUGCAGGGGCAGUGGGUAAUAAAGAGGCCGAUGGGAAGGAGCAUCCAAAAGAGGACUUGGUCACAUCCAGCCAGUCUCUGCUUCAGUGGUGUCAGGACAUCACCCAGAACUACAGAGGGGUCAGAGUCACCAACUUCAGUACAUCCUGGAGGAAUGGACUCGCCUUCUGUGGCAUUCUGCACCACUUCCACCCAGAGAAAAUUGACUUUAACCAACUGGAUCCUCACGAUAUCAAGGGCAACAAUAAGAAGGCGUUUGAUGGUUUUGAGUCCCUGGGUAUCUCUCGUCUCCUUGAGCCGUUGGACAUGGUGCUUCUGUCCGUCCCAGACCGCCUCAUCGUCAUGACAUACCUGAGUCAGAUCCGCUCUCACUUCACCCACCAGGAGCUGAGCGUGCUGCAGAUCGAACACAACAGCAGCCAAUCCAGCUACGGGCUGCCCCUCUCUGGCCCCGCCCCCUCCCAAACAGACGCCGCAGCCUUCUGCAUGGCCCGGCUCAACGAGGGGGGCAGUGUGGAGGAGGGAAAGGGGGAAAUGGUCGUCCCACCUCCCAGAGUCAAGAAAGUGGGAAAAGGAGACGAUUCAAAAACACCAGUUGCACCACCUAGAGCCACUAACAAAACAGUCAGUUCUCAGGAUGAAGAAACAAGCAAGACUACAGAGCAACAAAGUAAAACUGAGAUAGACGCUCCUAAACCAGUGGAGCAGACUAUGCGUCUACAGGACACCAGUCAGUACGUCCUGAGCGAACUGUCCGCUUUGGAGACAGAGCAGAAACACAUCGACAGCAGAGCGGCUGUAGUGGAGAGGAGACUACGCAGCCUCAUGGAAACGGGAAGUGAUCGAGACGAAGAGGAGCGUCUAAUCCAGGAGUGGUUUACUUUAGUGAACAAGAAAAAUGCGCUUAUACGGAGACAAGAUCACCUUGAGCUCCUACAAGAGGAGCAGGACUUGGAGAGGCGUUUUGAGCUGCUCACUAGAGAACUACGAGUCAUGAUGGCCAUCGAAGACUGGCAGAAGUCCUCAGCUCAGCAGCAGAGGGAGCAGCUGCUUCUCCAGGAGCUGGUGUCUUUGGUGAAUCAGAGAGAUGAGAUUAUCAGGGACAUAGAUGCCAAAGAGAGAGUGGCUCUGGAGGAGGACGAGCGACUGGAACGUGGUCUGGAGAUGAGGAGGAGAAAAUACAACAACAAAGACAAAUGUGUUCUUCAGUGAAAUUUGUGCCUUUUCGCCAUAGAGACUGUUCUGACAUUUCAAUUCCAUUCUGUCUUAAGUUAAUAGUAUUAUUUUAAUUUGUACAUUAUUUAUUUAAAAAUGAUGCCGUGUUUCUUUUGCACAUAGGAUUGAAUGUGUUUCUUAUUGUGAAGUAUUUAAAAUGGUUUUGUAUUGAAAAUGUGGGAUUUGCCAUUUGGUUUUAAGAUUUAUUUCUGUGUUUUACUAGUGCACUCCAAGAGACAAGUGAAAAUGACGUAAGCGCUACUGUUUAGGCUAUUUCUACAUUCUGCACACUCACCAAUAUAUAUGCCUAUAUUUUCAGAUUGGCUUUACAAAGGAGAUGAGCAGAUUUAA